GUUGACUAACAUAAUUAAAUUAACCUAAUUUAAUUUUCCAUUGGAUUCUCUCUCAUAAAUAAACUGGUUUUAAUGUAAAUUUAACAUAAUUUAAAUUGUCAUUUGAUUCUCUCUUAUUUUUAAUCUAAAACGCCGUCGUUUGUUUUUCAGUCUUAACUUCUAAUCACAACGACGUUGUUCAAUAGAUUAACAUAUCUCAACGAAAAGUUAACUUUGUUAAUUUGUUAAGUUGAACAAGUUAGUCAACUUAUCGUGACUUAUUUGGCAAAGUCAACAACAUUUAACAAUUACAAUUAUGUAAAGACAAACAUGCCUAUGCCUUUUCACUUUAAUUACAAAUUUGUGCCACUGUCGAAACCUCGUUAGAAAAAGGAAAGGUUCGUGAGUUAAGAAAACUUCUAGGCCUCUAGGGUUUUAUUUUUUCUCUGCUCUUGAAGAAGUUGCUUCUUCAAUUCAACAAUGGCGAAAUCAAGAAUUUACCCGCAGUUCUUCCACACACUUGCUUCUGGCUUUCACAAACAACUCACGAUUCCUGAAGACUUCUUCUCAAAGUAUAUUGAAGGAAGAAGAAGCGUCGCGGAGAUAAAAUCGGAUAUUUCUGACAAAACCUGGAAGGUGAAGAUGUCUGCUCGGAGUCUUACUGGUGGAAGCUGGAAAGAGUUUGCGUUGGCUCAUGAUCUUCAGAUCGGUGAUGUCGUUGUUGUUAGAUAUGUAGGUGAUAUGGUGUUCCAUGUUUCGGAUUUAGGACCUAAUUACUCGGAGAUUCAAGACUAUAAGGGUAAAGAUUUGUUGAAAAAGCGUUUGCAUCCAAUAACACAAGUAGACUUUUCAUCAAACCAUGGAGAUGUUCUUGAUGAUGAUGAGGAUAGCAUAGAGAUUCCCAGGAAGAAGAAAGCGAAGAACAUUCAAGAAGCGGAAGCAGAUGUAGUUUCUUCAUCUUCAUCUUCAUCAGACAACUCAUGUUUUGUGGCUCUUGUCACGGCUUCGAAUCUACGCUCAGAUACACUGUAUCUUCCACUACACUUCACAAGAAAAUGCCGCGAGAUUGUUUUAACAGACGGAGGGGAAAGAUCAUGGCUAUUAGAUCUGAGGUUCAACGAAUCGUCAUAUAUAAGCCGAGGUUGGAGAAAUUUCUGCGAUGAAAACGGUCAAAAAGCAGGAGGUUUCUUUAUGUUUCAACUAGUGAGAAACGAGGAAACACCUGUGCUCAGUUUCUCCCCUACAGAGUCCACUAGUGAUAGAAGGCCUACAGAGUCCACUAGUGAUAGAAGGCAAAGAGACUGUUCAGAAGCUAGCAAGAGAGAAUCUGUUGCUACAAAACAUAGCAGUAAGGAAGAGAACAUAGCAGGGGAAGGUAGUGAAGACGAGUGCAGCUCACCGGAGUCAUUGACAGAAAAAAAGAAGGAUGCUUCAGAACGGAAAUUUUCAUCAUAUUCAUCAUACUCGUCGCGUCAUAAGCGAUUCAUAACAUUUACACUUCCACCGGAUUAUAUCAGACUUGAAAAACUGUGUCUUCCAAAGCCAUUCUUGAGGGAAAAUGACAUCAAGCCUGGGGAGAUGUAUCUAUUGGGUAAAGAUGGUAAAAAGUGGCUGACUAAACUAAUACUAGACAACAAAGGAACAAUGAAAAUGAGAAAGGGUUGGAAAGAUUUUGUUAAAGAGAACAACUUAAAGUCAAGCUUCACGCUCAAGUUGAUAUGGGAAGACACAACUCCGGUGCUUAGUUUGUCUGAUGCAGAACCUACGAGUGACAGGGAGAAAGAAGAUUCUUCUCCAUCGAGCCAAAAACAAUUUGUGACAUUAACAAUUACAUCUUCUGGUAUCAAAAAGUGUAGACUGCAACUUCCAAGUCAAUUCAUGAAGGCUAAUGGUAUAAACAGACUUGGGAAGGUAAGUCUUUUGAGUGACAACGGAAUGGAAUGGUCAGGAUAUCUGUUGUCAAGAGAUGGAACUGUCUCCUUGGGUUGUGGUUGGGAAGGAUAUUGUGAGGCUAAUGGCGUCAAGUUAGGACAAUCUUUUACUUUGGAGUUCAGUUAUGUAGAAGAUACAACUCCGGUACUUAAGUUUUGUUCUCAGACGCUAAAUACAAAAAUGAUCAAUUACGAAUGUAAUAAAAAUACAUUUAAAGGCAUGUAUGUACAACCAAAUAAAAAAAUUUGGUUAAUUGAGUUCUAAAAUAGGUUAAUAACUUUUGUUGCUGAGAAUAUAAGAAAUUUUGAGAAUAAUAAUGAAUGGUAGGGGCUGCGCGAACGCAAACCCCCCCUGCCACAAAUAAUGACGCAGGCUCUUCCUCAUGGGAAGACCUUAGGCUAAGCACCCCGACGUUAUGUGCAAUGUCGUCACUAGCCUAGGCCACUCGUCUUCAUGAUCACGA